GAAGCGAUAGGAAAGCCGGAGCGGCCAUGCUGAAGUUCGGCACUUUGCCCUUUCCCUGAGAGGGCAACGGUGAAGUCACGGGUCAGGCUGGGUCCUAGAGAAAGAGAUCCUCACCCUAAGGGAGUCUGGCUGCGCCUGCAGCUGGGAGGCACUGAAGCUGGGGUGGGGGGUAAUGGCCCCUCAGUCAGCCCCAUCCCUGCACAGCCUUGGGACCUCGACCUGGACCUGGCAGAGCUGGUGACUGUCCCCAUGUUGGUGUCACUAAGGAUAAUCCUAGUAACUUAGAAGGUCACUGGCAAGAGAGGAAACAUUAAACCAUCUGAUGGAGGAGAAGAAAAGGAUAAGAUGCGAUAUCCUUGGUAUCUGCGAAACCCAACAAAAGGAGUUGGAAGUCAACUGGAAGGAUGGAAGCACUGUGAGGCUUGGAAAGGGAGAUGGCGCUAGAAAUGUUGGAGGAGUCAGAUUUAUCAUCAGUAAGGAUUGGGUUUCAAAAGUCAUAUCAUGCCAGCUAAUAUCAUCACGUAUUGGUGUGCUGCAUCUUCAGAUGGAAUCAAAAGCUAUCCUCAAGGUCAUCCAGGCCUACGCUCCCACAAGUACAAGUGAGGACGAAGAAGUGGAAGAAUUCUACCAAGAGCUCAAAAGAGCCCUCAUGCAAAAGUCCACUUACAUUAUCACGAUGGGAGAUUUCAAUGCUAAGGUCGGGCGAGGGAAAGCUGGUGAAAAGUUCAUAGGGAGAUACGGCAGCGGCGAAAGAAAUGAAAGAGGAGAAAGGCUGGUAACGAUGGCAGAAACGAAAGAACUGAACAUGGCAAAUACCUGGUACAAAAAGAAGAUUGCAAAAAGGUGGACGUGGAUCAUGCCAAACGUGAAGAGUAAGAAUGAAAUCGACUAUAUUUUAGUCAAUAAAAGGUGUAUCGUUCAAGACGUCUCUGUGGUGCAGCCCUUCAACAUUGGCAGUGACCAUCGCCUGCUUAGAGUGAAGUUGAUUUUCGAUGAAGCAGUGGAAAAGAAAGCUUUACAGAUGGCAAACAGGAAACAGUGCCUGAAGACAUUCGAUGAAGAAAGUGAUUUCUGGGUUUGA